UAUACCCCAUAUAUAUAUAUAUAAACGCAUACAAGGCCUUUAUAUGGACUGCAAGCAGCUGGUAUAUUGAAGCGGGUGGAGAGAUUCGCAUCUGACCAAUACUCCGUAAGCUUCUACUUCAGGUUUUGAACCAGAAGUCAUCGGUAGCCUUGUGUUGAUUUUUGGCUGUUGCAGUUAAUGACCAUGAACCAGCGAAAAAAUGUUAUUGAGUUGGAGCAGGGGUGGGACUUUAUGCAGAAAGGGAUUACUAAACUAAAAAAUAUUCUAGAAGGGUUACCCGAGCCAAGCUUUUGCUCGGAGGACUACAUAAUGCUCUACACGACAAUAUACAACAUGUGUACUCAAAAGCCUCCACAUGACUAUUCUCAGCAGUUGUAUGACAAGUAUCGUGAGUCAUUUGAAGAGUACAUUACAUCUAUGGUACUCCCAGCUUUAAGGGAGAAACAUGAUGAAUUCAUGUUGAUGGAACUUGUUAAAAGAUGGUCAAAUCAUAAACUCAUGGUUCGUUGGCUGUCCAGAUUUUUUUAUUAUCUUGAUCGAUAUUUCAUCGCUAGAAGGACACUUCCAGCACUUAGAGAAGUUGGACUAACAUGCUUCCGGGAACUGGUGUAUUUUGAGAUACGUGGAAAAGUAAAAGAUGCUGUUAUAUCUCUGAUUGAUCAAGAACGGGAAGGAGAACAAAUCGAUCGAUCAUUAUUGAAGAAUGUAUUAGAUAUUUUUGUUGAAAUUGGGAUGGGACAGAUGGAUUAUUAUGAGACUGACUUUGAAGCAGCAAUGCUGAUAGACUCAGCUGCUUACUAUUCACGGAAGGCUUCUAACUGGAUCUUGGAAGAUUCAUGUCCAGACUAUAUGUUGAAAGCAGAGGAGUGUUUAAAACGAGAAAAAGGCAGGGUUGCUCAUUAUCUUCAUUCAAGUAGUGAGACGAAGCUUCUUGAGAAAGUGCAAAAUGAAUUGUUGUCCGUAUAUGCUACCCAACUGCUAGAGAAGGAGCAUUCAGGCUGUCACGCUCUACUUAGGGAUGAUAAGGUAGAGGAUUUGUCCAGGAUGUAUAGGCUCUUCUCCAAAAUACCUCGUGGUUUAGAGCCAGUUGCAAAUAUAUUUAAGCAGCAUGUUACCAGUGAAGGUACUGUUUUGGUGAAACAAGCAGAGGAUGCUGCAAGCAACAAAAAGGCGGAAAAGAAAGAUGCCGUGGGAUUACAGGAACAAAUCUUUGUGAGAAAAGUUAUUGAACUCCACGACAAAUUCAUGGCGUAUGUGAAUGACUGUUUUCAAAACCACACGCUAUUCCACAAGGCUCUGAAAGAGGCAUUUGAAGUAUUUUGCAACAAAGGUGUUUCCGGAAGUUCUAGUGCUGAACUUCUUGCUACAUUUUGUGAUAACAUUCUUAAAAAAGGUGGGAGUGAAAAAUUAAGUGAUGAAGCCAUUGAAGAAACUCUGGAAAAGGUAGUCAAACUCCUUGCUUAUAUCAGCGAUAAGGAUUUAUUUGCUGAAUUCUAUAGGAAAAAGCUUGCUCGUCGCUUGCUUUUUGAUAAAAGUGCUAAUGAUGAGCAUGAGCGGAGUAUCCUGACAAAAUUGAAGCAGCAGUGUGGUGGCCAAUUCACAUCCAAAAUGGAGGGAAUGGUCACGGAUUUAACACUAGCCAGGGAAAACCAAACCAGCUUCGAGGAGUAUCUUAGCAGUAAUCAAACUCAAAAUCCAGGGAUCGACUUGACGGUGACUGUCCUCACAACUGGUUUCUGGCCCAGCUACAAGUCGUUCGAUCUUAAUCUUCCAGAAGAGAUGGUCAAAUGUGUAGAAGUAUUCAAAGAGUUCUACCAAACAAAAACAAAGCACAGAAAACUCACAUGGAUAUAUUCUUUGGGCACUUGUAACAUCAACGGGAAGUUUGAACCGAAAACUAUAGAGCUCAUAGUUACCACUUAUCAGGCUGCUGCCCUACUGCUGUUCAAUUCUGCAGAUAGGCUAAGUUACCAGGAAAUUAUGACUCAGUUAAACCUAUCUGACGAUGAUGUUGUCCGGCUGCUUCAUUCGCUUUCUUGCGCAAAGUACAAGAUUCUCAACAAGGAGCCAAGCAGCAAAACAAUUACUUCAAAUGAUGUUUUCGAGUUUAAUUCAAAGUUCACCGACAAGAUGAGAAGAAUCAAGAUCCCUCUUCCACCUGUGGAUGAGAAAAAGAAGGUCAUCGAGGAUGUCGACAAGGACCGAAGAUACGCCAUUGAUGCCUCACUCGUGCGAAUCAUGAAGAGUAGGAAGGUCUUGCCAUACACACAGUUAGUUUCCGAGUGUGCUGAUCAGUUGGGCCGCAUGUUCAAGCCCGACUUCAAGGUAAUAAAAAAGAGGAUAGAAGACCUGAUCACUAGAGACUACUUGGAACGAGACAAAUCGAACCCCAAUGUUUUCAAGUACUUGGCGUAAUCGGAUGUUAGUUCCACCGCGGCCUGCAAAAUACACAGGUGCCCUCCCUCAGCAUUCGAUGCCUGUAAAUUUCAUUGUCGUCGUCGUCUUCCCCCUAUCAUAUCUUCGUCUCUUUUGUGGUUUCUUGACUUUUUGUUUUAAGAGAAUUUCUGUGUACAUUUGGCCAUAAGUUCCCAGUUUAAGGAUCACCCCAUAAAUAUGUUUACUUUACUUUUCUAUUCUCUACAUUUGGCUUUCCAUUGACCAAAGUGUAAAAAAAGAGUCUGAGUGAAGAAACUCUUGUUCACCAACUCACACCCUUAUUUAAUAUUGCUGGCUUUGUCCUUUAUUUCUUUUGUUAGGAUAUGUGUUGGUUUUGGAUUAUUACCAUGAAUAAUAAUACUAAUAUUUUAUUUAA